AUGUCGCUCACCUCCAUCCUUUCAGCUGAUGCCAUUGAAAGUGCUGUCAAGGACUGCCAAGCUGCGGACUCAUUCUCCUACAAGAAGUUCUUCCAGCUGUGUGGCCUGACCUCGAAGACGCCCCAGGAGGUCAAAGAUGUCUUCCAGAUCCUCGACGAGGACAAGAGCGGCUUCAUUGAGGAGUCCGAGCUCAAGUACUUCCUGCAGCGGUUCUUCCCGGGGGCGCGAACACUGACCGAGGCAGAAACCAAGAGCUUCAUUUCAGCUGCUGAUGAUGACAGUGACGGCAGAAUUGGAGCAGAGGAAUUCCAGACGAUGGUCCUGUCCUGA